AUGGUGGCGGCAGCAGCAGCACGGGAAAAGGGAGGAAUAGUAGCAGCUGCAGCUGCAGCAACAGCAGCAAUAGUAGCAGCUGCAGCAGCAGCAACAGCAGCAAUAGCAGCAGCAACAGCAGCAAUAGCAGCAGCUGCAGCAACAGAAGUAAUAGUAGCAGCUGCAGCAGCAGCAACAGCAGCAAUAGCAGCAGCUGCAGCUGCAGCAACAGAAGUAAUAGUAGCAGCUGCAGCAGCAGCAACAGCAGCAAAAGUAGCAGCUGCAGCAGCAAAAGAAGCAGCAACAACAGCAGCAGCAAAGCUCUCUUCUUUAUUUUCUUUAUUCCUCGGGGUCGCCAAAACAAAAAAUAAAAAAGAGUUGAGAUGCGCAGCAGCAGCAGCAGCAGCAGCAACAGCAGCAACAGCAGAAACUGAUUCAGCAAUACCAACGAGAAAGCAGCAGCAGCAGCAGCAGCAACAGCAGCAACAGCAGCAGCAGCAGCAACAGCAGUGGCAGCAAGAGAAAAAGCGGCAGCAAAAGAAGCAACAGCAGCAGCAAGACCAAGACAGCGACAGCAGCAGCACAGCAGCAGCAGCAACAGCAGCAACGCCAACAAGAGAGCAGCAGCAGCGGCAGCAACAGCAGCAGCAACAGCAGCAACAGCAGCAGCAGCAGCAGCAGCAGCAGCAAAUCACCUAG